AUGCUUCGUUACGAAUUAGCCAUUCUCCUUGCCUCCAUUCACGAAUCAUCACCACCAACCGCCGCCUGCCCCCGCUGUGCCGUGCGCCGCACCAUGCCAGCUGAGUUGGUCGCGCUAGUGUACUACCUACGAAGUUCUCUUCUUUUCCCGUCCCAUUGGCUUCGUCUCCAUUCCAACACGCCCUUCGCUUGGGCUGCCUCCAACGCCAUAUUCCGCUUGCAACUCCCGACGCAGCCCUCGUGGACUUAUCCCCCCAGCAUCAGCCCAAAUUACAUUGGCACGCGGCCUCGCUGUAUUCGCUCUAGCCUUCCUUGUACGGAUACCUUGGAGCCGCCCUGGUGGCGCUGGGCUGGCCUUCAGCCUGACACUGACCCCCGACUUUUCCGCCUCCAACAACAAGCCUUGCCGUCAACACUUCCAAUCAUGUGCACACGACAGGCUACUACUGCGUCUCUAACCGGGAGCUUGAACAAGGGUCCUGCUAGGUGCCAGGCUGCUAGCGAAACUACCACACCAGCCUAUGAAGAGUCUGUACCACCAAUAGCCAAGGCAAUCUUGGCGCAAGGGCAUGUGUUGUUUAUCCAUAGCUGCAUCGAUUCCACCAGGGCUCCUGUUUUGAAACUCUUUGGACUUGAUGGCGACCACUCAAGGUCAGGCGAGCACGAUGAUCAUGUUUCAAGGUCCAUCGUCGACCGAUCGAUGCACCCCCCAAAGCUGAUCAACCCUUUUUUGGGCAUAUUCAGAGUGUUCACCGCCACACCGGCGGCGAUGAAUUUUGCGAGACAUGCAAUGAUCCGCAACGCCGAAGACGGCGGCGCGUCAUCCGUUGCCACUGCUGCCGUCCUGUCUGGCGAAUUGAAAGCACAGCUACAUCUGGCAAUGGAGCAAACGGUCAUGGCUUUGGUGGUCAAAGAGGCCGCCGCCUGGGGUCGCUUAGAUGUCUGUCGUCCAGUCAUGCCAUUGCCACUCGACCUCGCUUGGUUCCACAACCCUGCCGGCUUGCAUUUUUUUGCAGUAACAAUAGUUCUAUUUUGGGAAAGGCUGACGCAUUUCCGCUGUGACAAAGACAACCAGGCUGCGUAA